AUGCUCGUCUCGUCCCCCUUUGGUGCUCUCUCCCUUCUGGCUCUAGCAAGUCAGACUCUAGCCGCACCCGCAGAGAAACGAUUCUCGUCGAACGAGGUCAUCUACAUAGCCAACUGCGCCAGUGGCCAACCAGAAGAUGUCGGCGGAGUAGCAGCGCUGUACUACAGCAACAUCGCCAACAGCCACAAUCUGCAAAGCCCAGAUUCUCGGUCCGAUCUCAUCAAGGCCCCAUACCCCGACCUUCCACAGGUAGAAGGCACCACUUUGAAGUUCCAAUUCCCAGACAGCAAUGUCAGCUUCAAUAGCCACAUUGCCAGCAACGGAGGGAGCCUGAGCACGGGAGCGGCUGCUGGGGACGGCGAUCAACUGGUGAACCACAAUUUCAACAAGAAGUUCUCCUGCUUCAAAGACAACGGCGACCUCCUUACUUCCUCCAAUGAUGGCUUUGGUCAUACGGCUACUUGCAACAAGCGUUACUACUGCCGCCCACAUCGUCUUGCCAACAUGAAGACUCCAACGAUCUCUCUCGUGGCUACUCUCUGCCUGCUCCAACAUGCCUCAGCCGACGCGUUCUGGCUCGUGAAUUGGUCCAAAGGCAGCGACAUUUGCAGCGGAAUGGCAUAUUUUGCCGACAACAACCCCUCCGGAAGCGGCAACAGGCCAAAUGACUACGUCGACGUUUCACCUCACGGACAAAAUGUGAAAUGGGAGGGACACACUACAACAGGAUACUAUCCUUCGUCCAAGGUCACAUUCAAGGCGAAGAUUGCAGAUGGCUACCUGAGCAGUGGACCUGGAAAUGUAUGGGGCACAGCAGUUCAGUACAGCUCCAACGGGAAGAAGUACUUCACAUGCUACGCACCUGCGUACGCCGGCAAUGGAAAUGUAGGGUACGAGGAGAUUUACCAGGUGGAUGGAUGGUCUGUACAUGGGAUAUUCGAGUGCAGCGCUAGUUAUGCCGGAAGUGUACCUGGGUGGACGGACCCACAGUGA